AUGUGCGUGUACCACAUGUGCGUGUACCACAUGUGCGUGUACCACAUGUGCGUGUACCACAUGUGCGUGUACCACAUGUGCGUGCACCACAUAUGCGUGUACCACAUUGACACUACUGCCUCUAGCAGCGGCAGUAACAGCAGUGUUGCCACUCACUGCCGCCGUAGCAGCGGCAGUAACGGCAGUGUUGUCGCUCACUGCCGCCGUAGCAGCAGCAGUAACGGCAGUGUUGUCGCUCACUGCCGCCGUAGCAGCAGCAGUAACGGCAGUGUUGCCGCUCACUGCUGCCGUAGCAGCAGCAGUAACGGCAGUGUUGCCGCUCACUGCCACCGUAGCAGCAGCAGUAACGGCAGUGUUGCCGCUCACUGCCGCCGUAGCAGCGGCAGUAACGGCAGUGUAGCGCAGGUCAGCCCCACUCUUCCACUGCCCCACUCUUCCCUCUUCUACUUACCCACUCUUCCACUUCCCUACUCUUCCACUUCCCUACUCUUCCACUUCCCUACUCUCCCACUCUCCUACUCUUCCACUCCCCUACUCUUCUACUCCCCUACUCUUGUACUCCCCUACUCUUCCACUUCCCCACUCUUUCACUUCCCCACUCUUCCACUUCCCUACUUUUUACUCCCCUACUCUUCCACUUCCUUACUCUUCCACCUCCCUACUCUUCUACUCCACUACUCUUCCACUUCCCUACUCUUCCACUUCCCUACUCUCCCACUCUCCUACUCUUCCACUCCCCUACUCUUCUACUCCCCUACUCUUGUACUCCCCUACUCUUCCACUUCCCCACUCUUUCACUUCCCCACUCUUCCACUUCCCUACUUUUUACUCCCCUACUCUUCCACUUCCUUACUCUUCCACCUCCCUACUCUUCUACUCCACUACUCUUCCACUUCCCUACUCUUCCACUUCCCUACUCUCCCACUCUCCUACUCUUCCACUCCCCUACUCUUCUACUCCCCUACUCUUCCACUUCCCUACUCUUCCACUUCCCCACUCUUCCACUUCCCGACUUAUUUACUCCCCUACUCUUCCACUUCCCCACUCUUCCACUUCCCUACUCUUCCACUUCCCUACUCUUCCACUUCCCUACUCUUCCACUUCCCUACUCUUCUACUCCCCUACUCUUCCACUUCCCCACUCUUCCACUUCUCUACUCUUCCACUCCCCUACUCUUCUACUCCCCUACUCUUCCACUUCCCUACUCUUCCACUUCCCUACUCUUCCACUUCCCCACUCUUCCACUUCCCCACUCUUCCACUUCCCUACUUAUUUACUCCCCUACUCUUCCACUUCCCCACUGUUCUACUUCCCCACUCUUCCACUUACCUACUCUUUUACUCCCCUACUCUUCCACUUCCCUACUCUUCCACUCCCCCACUCUUCCACUCUCCCACUCUUCCACUCCCCCACUCUUCCAGCUCCCUACUCUUCCACUUCCCUACUCUUCUACUCCCCUACUCUUCCACUUUCCCACUCUUCCACUUCCCCACUCUUCCAUUCCCCCACUCUUCCACUCCCCCACUCUUCCACUCCCCUACUCUUCCACUUCCCUACUCUUUCACUUCCCUACUCUUCCACUUCCCUACUCUUCCACUCCCCUACUCUUCCACUCCCCCACUCUUCCACUUCCCCACUUUUCUACUUCCCUACUCUCCCACUCAUCUACUCUUCCACUCGCCUACUCUUCUACUCCCCUACUCUUCCACUUCCCUACUCUUCCACUUCCCUACUUUUUCACUUCCCUACUCUUCCACUUCCCUACUUUUUCACUUCCCUACUCUUCCACUCCCCUACUCUUCCACUCCCAUACUCUUCCAGUUCCACUUUUCUGCUUAUUCGCUUCCACUUCCCGCUCCUCUGAGCCCUCACUCGCUGUUUUUUCCCUUCCUGCUUUACCAAAAUUACCAAGACCACCACUGCCCAGGAUGUAUUGGACCAUCAUGA